UAAUCAGAAUACAGCAUGCCUCUAAAUUGCUGCGUUGCUAAAUUUUUUGUAAGAUUUAUUUAAGCUAAACAAAUAUUUAAUUCGAUAAUAACAAAGGACCGGACUACGGUAUAGAGGUAGGGAAAGUAUAGGUUCGAGGUUGGCAGCAUAGUGGAUUUAUGCACGUGUGCCGUGAUAAAACAGCUGUUUAUUGUCUGCAUGACGAAAAUGGUCGAUUUGGUUCGUCGGAAAAUGCGAGUUCUCUACCAAAAAUUAGUCGGUGUUGAAUUUUCAUCGAAUCUGUAUCGCACAAUAGUCAAAAUUCUUCAUGAUACAGGGUCGGAACUUUAAAAAUUUGAAUGCGAUAGACUUGCAGCUGACUUUGAAUGUUUUAUUAUGUCAUUUUGUAGCCGUGUUAUAAUUAGAAUGACCGGUAGUCGGGUGUGAUUGUGGUGGUGAAAGUGAGGGUGGAAAUAUAAUGUAUUUUUGAGCUGAAAAGUGAAGUGAAACUGCAAAAUGGCGGACCUGGAAGCUGUAUUAGCUGAUGUCAGCUAUCUUAUGGCUAUGGAAAAAAGUAAAUGCACCCCAGCUGCAAGGGCUAGUAAAAAAAUCGUUCUACCAGAUCCCAGCGUUCGGAGCGUCAUGCACAAAUAUCUCGAGAAGAAGAACGAAGUUAACUUUGAUAAAAUCUUCCAUCAAACAUUAGGUUAUCUACUAUUCAAAGAUUUCUGCGAAAAUGUAUCAGAGGAACCGGUGCCGCAGCUUCGGUUUUACGAAGAAAUUAAAUCUUUCGAAAAAUUGGAAUGUCAAGAUGAGAGAUUAAAAUGCGCUAAAGACAUUUACGACAACUUUAUCAUGAAGGAACUUUUGUCGCGAGCACACGACUAUUCAAAAGAAUGUUUGCAGCAUGUUCAAAAGUAUCUUACGAAAAACGAAGUACCAGUCACUCUUUUCGAGCCUUAUAUAGAAGAAAUUUACACUCAUUUGAGAGAUGAACCCUUCAAAAAAUUUUUAGAAAGUGAUAAGUAUACGAGGUUCUGCCAAUGGAAAAAUUUAGAAUUAAAUAUACAGUUAACAAUGAACGAUUUCAGCGUUCACAGGAUAAUAGGCAGAGGCGGCUUCGGCGAAGUUUACGGUUGCCGGAAAGCCGAUACUGGGAAAAUGUACGCGAUGAAAUGUCUCGAUAAAAAAAGGAUAAAAAUGAAACAGGGCGAAACUUUGGCUUUAAACGAAAGGAUCAUGUUGUCGUUGGUCAGUACGGGACAGGAUUGUCCUUUUAUCGUUUGUAUGACGUACGCUUUCCAUACGCCCGAUAAACUCUGUUUCAUUUUGGAUCUAAUGAACGGCGGCGAUUUGCAUUAUCAUCUUAGUCAACACGGAGUUUUCAACGAAUCCGAAAUGAAGUUUUACGCCGCCGAAGUCAUAUUAGGAUUAGAACAUAUGCAUAGGAGAUAUAUUGUAUAUAGAGAUUUAAAACCUGCAAAUAUUUUAUUAGACGAACACGGACACGUUCGAAUAUCCGAUUUGGGAUUAGCCUGUGAUUUUUCCAAGAAAAAACCCCACGCUAGCGUAGGGACGCACGGUUAUAUGGCGCCCGAAGUGUUAUCGAAAGGCACCCCUUACGAUUCUAGUGCGGAUUGGUUCAGUUUCGGUUGCAUGUUAUAUAAAUUACUCAAAGGGCAUUCGCCGUUCCGUCAACACAAAACCAAAGAUAAACACGAGAUAGAUAGAAUGACUUUAACUAUGAACGUAGAAUUACCAGAUUCGUUUAGUAAAGAAUUAAAAUCACUUUUAGAAGCUUUACUCCAAAGGGACAUAGAUAAAAGACUGGGAUGUAAAGGAAACGGAUCGGAAGAAGUGAAAGAACAUCCGUUUUUCGCCGGUAUCGAUUGGCAACAAGUCUAUUUACAGAAAUACACUCCUCCUUUGAUACCGCCUAGGGGGGAAGUGAACGCGGCCGACGCCUUCGAUAUCGGAUCUUUCGACGAAGAAGAUACCAAAGGUAUCAAACUCACCGAAGCCGAUCAAGAUUUAUACAAAAAUUUCCCUUUAGUCAUAUCGGAACGAUGGCAAAACGAAGUAGCUGAAACCGUAUUCGAAACCGUCAAUUUCGAAGCCGAUAAACAGGAACACAAAAAAAGAGCCAAACAAAAAAAAUUGUACGAUCUAGACGAAAAAGAAACGGACUGCAUUUUACACGGGUACGUGAAAAAAUUGGGGGGACCUUGGACGUCCAGUUGGCAAAUGCGGUACGCGAAAUUGUAUCCGAAUAGGUUAGAAUUGCAUCCGGAUUCGGCUAAACCCGAAUUGGUAUUCAUGGACCAGAUAGAGGAAGUCAGUCCCGAUUUGGUGCAAGUCAAAAACGAAAAUUGCAUCGUCGUCAGAUUGCGAGAAGGAAAAGUCGUCCUUACGAAUCCCGACGAAAUAGGUCUGAAGGAAUGGCUGACGUCUCUGAAAUCGGCGCACAAAUUAUCCCAAGAGUUGCUGGGAUCGAUGGCGAAGAAGGCCGGGAAAAUUUACGGUACUGAUAGCAACAAUCGAAACGCCCUGAUAACGGCGCGCAAUACGAACGGCAACUAACAAAAGGUUUUAAAAAAACAAAAUUCUUUUACCUUCGGCAACACGAAUCGGACUACAUAGAUAGAGGGAGGAUGAUUUUUUUUUUGUUUUUUUGAGAGAAGAUGAGACGCGAGCGAGUAAAACAUACCGAACAUGACAAUUUUUUAUCAAACUUUUUUUCCGUUUUUUUUUCCUUAAAAAUUUUUUCUUUAUUUAUCAUUUUAUUUACGAAUUUCUUCUCGAGCGACUAGAUACUUAUUCGGACUGCGUUGUGCGCGUAUUAUUUUUAUAAAAGAAAAUGAGAAAAAAGUAUAUCGAAAGAAAAACUGUUCUGUUUUAAGGUUGUUGUUCAAAAAGUUGAAAAAAUCAAUUAACUUUUCUCUCCUUAUCAUUUUUAAUUGAAUCCAAUCAAAACACCGUUCGAUAUUGUUUUUUUUUUUUGAUAACGAAAAUGUCGUUAGAGAUAUCGGAGUGUAUGUAAUAAUAGAGUUCCUCAAAACCUGGUGAGUGAAGUCUGGAAGAUCCAGCAACGACGAAGCGGACUCACUCGUCAAACUGGGGGACCCACCAAUGGGCAUAGAACCCAUUCUUGGUGUGGCCUCUAACCGGACACUGCCAUCUAAGACGUUCAUGGGCAUCACGGAUGAUCCGGAGUGCACUUAAACGCCUGGACAAACCCCGGAACUUGCCUAACGAUAUCAAAGAGUUCCGAGUGAAAGGACAUCGGACUUUAGUGAUGACAAUUGGGUCUAUUUGAAAUCUUAUGUGUUCAAAGGCUUCAACGGCCUACGAACUACGAACUAAGAUAUCAGAAAUUUUUAGUUUUGAUCCGUUUUUAUAUUGGAGGAUCGUAAUGAGUACCGGGAGAGGUGUAAUGAUUUUUUUUUAUAUGGAGUGUAUUAAUCUUGGAGAUUUGGGGUUCGUAGUUCGUGUGUCCCACUUAAAGUCAUUUGAGAAGCCAAUCGGCCACAGAUGAUACGUUUUGUAGUUUGAUCUUCCUCUAUAUGUGUACCUUGGCUUGACUCGUGUCAUAUGGACCCGAUAUCAAUUUGAGCAUCUAAAUGAGCUGGAUUUUGCUGCCAUUGAUCACCAGACUUUGAAGCGCUCCACCAAUAGAGCGGGUUCCCCAAGAGAAAAUUAUCCCCCUAUUUUAGGGUGUCUACCGCAAAACAAGAAAAAAAUAAAUUUCCACAAGUACCUUAUGGUUUUUUUAUUGAGAAGCCCUGUAUAUUAUACCGAAUUCGGUUCGCUGAUUUUUUUUCGUUUUCGUUAUACAGAGUGAUUUAAGAGAUAUGGGCACUUUAAACACUCUAUAUAGACACAUUUUUUAAACACGUUUUUGAUAAUCUUUUUGAUUAUAUUUCGAAAAUUGUUAAAUUCGGAUCUAUUAUAUCAAAUUUUUAUGGUGCUUAUAGAAAGUGACGAUUUUAAUUUUGGAAUUUUUUUUUUUUUCAAUUUGUAGUUUUUCAAUGGGGACAUAGUGCGUCGAACAAUCAGUAAAGUAAAAAAAGUUACGGGUUUUAAGAAAAAGCUUUAAUUCAUAAAAAAUAUUUCUAUUUAUAUAUAAUUAAUGUACCUAUUGAAAUCGAUUUUCAUUUUUUUAUCGAUAAAUCGCGGCAACAUUCAUUGAAAUAUUAGUUAUUAACACAAAAUCGAGAGGCGUCAAGUCAGGUCUACGUGGGGACAAGGGAUUUUGGAAAUUAGCCAUAGAAUCAACUUGUUGGAAACAAAUUCUCUGGAUUCACAAGUUCUGGAGUCAAAUAUCUAACUGAGUGUUUCGUCCUCGUGAAUCUUCAAAGAAGAAAGGGCCAAUAAUUCAUUUGUUACUUUCGGACUAUGCAGUGCUUUUUGAUGUUUCAUUUUCGGUCCAAAAACGACAAUUUUAUCGGUUUACGAACCCAUGUAAAUGAAAAUGGAUCUUUUAAGACCUUUUUCUGGUGGUUUAAACGUGGAAUCGGCCUCUUGGAAAAGGAAAAUUUGCACUCGGAUUUUCAUUAAUGUGUCCGACCGUUUUCGUAAAACGUGCAAACAAAAAUUUCACGUGUACAACUAUCCAACUACGCUAGGCUCCCUUCACCCCCACGCGAAAAAAGAUUAUGCAAUAUGCACAUUCUAUUGCGCCACCCUGUAUUUAAGAUAUAUAUGAAAUUCUAAAAAAUUCAUUUUUCGAUCGAGGAUUAUAUUUGGAAAAACCGAUUUCCAGUUUUUUGCCAUAGAUUGUUAAACAAGUAGAAAUUUUGCGAUAAAAAAGUUGUCAAACCAAAAAAAACCCUCAUACAAAACGCGAUGUUUUUUUAGAAAUCGAAAAAUCCAUCCCUUGGUGUGAAAUGAUUUGCUUAAAGUUUAUUUGAUGGACAAUUUUUUUUUUGUUUUCCAUAAAAAAAUUUUACAAAUCAAGUUUUUGGCGAAGAAGAACAUUAAUUUCUCAUAAAAUCUCUCGGUUUGUAGAAUUGAAAACGGCCGCAAAUUUCCAGCAAAACAACUCAAAAUUCAUCGACAUAGAUUUUUAAAAGAUGACAGCUCCUGGGCUAUAGGCAACCACGCGUGAUUUUUUUCAAAUAUGGCCGUUGUUACUUAUCAAAAUGGUCAAAAAAAAACAAAUUCUCGUUUGGUAAAGUCUUUUACGAUUACGUGAGGCAUUUUUAAACCCUCCCUUGUAAUUUUAUCUUAUACAGAUUGUCACAACUUCCGAAUAAUUAAUAUUAAAAAAAACAAAUUCUACUUGUAGUUUAAUUGGAUUAAAAUUUCACAAAAUCUGCUUCUAAUUAUUGAUCGAGUCACAAGGACUUUUUAUUCUUUUCGAAAAUCAAAUUUCCACAAUUUCUCUUAUUAUUUUUAUAAUCGACAACACCCCGUAUAUAUAGUUCCACUUAUCCCAAUUUUUUUCAUCCAUUUUCAACGUGCUCGUCUACUAUGGCCACUUACACGGGUGCGAUUAUAUACAUACAAUAUACAUAGUGGCGCAAAAAAACGCACGAAUUUCAAACCAGUUUAAUUUGAUUUAUUUCGAUUACAUACAAAAUGGACCCACACGAAUACAACAUUUAAAUUAUCCAAUUCAUGACUUUUUUCAUUGGACCCUGUCGAUAUUUCGUGGAGUUCGCGCUGUGAUUUGUAACUGAUCCAGAGGCUACCCAACGAAGUAUAUGAGAACUCUGUGCAAAAAAGUCGUCGAACUGGACACACCCUUAGGAAUUGAAGCAUGAAACAGAUUUGAUCAAAGUCGUUCAGGACGUCUUUGCAAUUGGUAUCGAACUGAAACUGCAAUCUCUGGAAAUGGAUUUAGAGCUGGUGCAAAAUGGAUUUAGCGGUAGAAGAAGACAAGUCUUGAGUGGCCGAUUCUUAUCCUUCUUACGAUGUUCAAGUCUUGUCUGGAAAGUCCUAGUUAUUAGUAACGUAAAUAGAUGAAAUUGAAGCGAGUUCGUCUGGAUGAUUGAACGCUCCAAAUUGGUGGAAUUGGAGAUAAUUUGAUUAGAAUUGGAAAGUUUCUACUUGAUGUUAUUUCUUUGAAAGCAUUUUCGAUUUUUCGUAAGGGAUGUUUGUGAGAGGUCGAGAAGCUGUGAUAGAAUAAAAGGGGUGGUUUGAUGAUUGAAAUGAGGCAGUACAAGAAAUAGUUGCUGUUGUUUUAUCACAAGUGGAGGCUCCUUACUUUCAUAGUUAAGGCUUUAUAUAGGGUUAGAUCAAAAAGUAUACAGACAAAGACGUAAAGCUUUGAUUCCUAAUUUGUUUUUUUCCUGAUGUUAACAAGUUGAAAAUAAGAGAAAUUGUUUGAAAUCUUCGUUUUUACGCAUGAUAAGUUGGUUAUCGAAACAUGAAAGUAAAUAAUAUUUUUUAUUAUAUUUGUACGAGGCUUAUAUAAAAAUCAAAAUGUAUUUUUUUUUCGGGGGGGAAUAGGGAGUGGAAUUUUUAUUUUCGGAACAGUUUUUCUUUUAUUUUGGAACCUCUAUAGAUUCUUGUACACUUAUAUAAAUAAUAGUUAGAGAAAUUUUGAACGUGAUUAUGAAUUUUUAGAAUGGUUUCCGAUAUUAUAUAUAUAAAUAUAAAUAAAUAUAAAUACGUUAUACUAUAAAACUGAACAAUAAAAAGUUCAAUCUCACUGGUAUAAAACACCAAGCUAAUUUCUUAGAAUAGCUCAAGUAUUGCCAGCUGCACUGUUUGUACAUAUGAUAAAUUGUACGACCAAACUGUAAUAUUUUCUUUACCAAAAGAUUUAACGAUAUUUUCCAAAAUUUUAAGACGAAAACGUCAAAAUGAUUUGUGCAUUAUUUUUUAAAUACAAUAGACCCCGAAUAUAACAAAUUUUUUUUUCGUAAUUUGUUAUUUCCUCCGGAAACUAUCAGGGAAAAUUGUUAUACGGGAGUCGUACGAGAUUUUCUUAACGAAAUAUAAUUGGAUUCAAAAAUAAAACGUUACAGUUUGAUCGUUGCUUUUGUUUUGUUUUGUUUUUUUUUACCUCUAUAUAAACAUUAUACAGAGCGUUUGUUAUUUAUCCGCUAUCUAUUAUUUGUCUAUAUUUAAUACCGCGUGUAUAUUUCUGUAUAUAAGUGAUUCAAUUAGAAAAACGCGUAUAAAUAUUAUACAUAAAAAAUUAUUGUUUCAGGUCAAUUAAAAAGAAAUAAAAUUUAAUUAAAAUACGAAAUCUAAAUAGGGUAACGGUGUUCUUACAACAUUAACUCGAAAAAAAAAUAUUUUAAAUUAAACAAAAUGAAUAAAUUUUAGGACCAAAUUGUUUAUAUUAUCAAUUAUUGACAAAUCUAAAUGACUUCGAUUAUUUUUUCAAAUUCUAGUUGUCAAUAAUUGAGUUUUUUUUUUAAAUCUAUGUAUUAAUUGGUGCCAAACUAUUCGAAAAAAAAAACAAAAAAAAAUAGUGCGUAGUGUGCAAUACUUCUUGCAGUUACUUUUUCUUCCUUUUUCAAAAAAAUCUAUCGAGGCAGUUAAUGUCGAGAACACUUUUUAUACAAUCGAAACUAUAUUAAGUCACACAAAAUAUUCGUUAAAACGAAAUUUAAAAAAUAAAAAAAAAAUAAAAGUAAUCGUGACUUUACUUGAAUGUACGGGUAAAAAUAUAACAAAUAUAUUGAGAAAAAUAAAGACUUUUCUUCAUUAUCUAUUUCUGUAACCAGUGAAGAGAACAAAAGCAGAAAAUGUGCCUAACCAUAUAUAAAUAUUUCAACCACCGUACGACUCUUAAUUCUCAAAUAAAUUGUCAAUAGGUCUUGAUUGUGAAUUGGACAUUUUGAAAAAUUAUCGCACAAAUAUCAAAUUCGAGUUGCGUUUUAUUGAAUUUUUUGGAAAAAAUAACGAAAAGUCUUUCGAUUCAGCGAAGCGCCUCCUGGUGUGUCUCGAUACGAGUCUCGGUAGCGGUUGGAGUGCUGACCAUCUACAAAUUCGAUUUCCACGAGUCCACGAAAAAUCGACACGAAGCGAAAAGACUCGAUUAGAGAGUUUAAACACAAUUUUAUUCCUAUUUUAUUAAUAAUAGGACGUGAAAAGAAAUAAAUUUGACGCUAAUAUACGAAUAAAUAAGAAAAGGACAAUUUUAAAGUGUAUUAAAUCAAUUCGAAAAGUAAUUUUUGUAGCUUUUCAACCCCUUAUUUAUAGACCCUUGCUUUAGCAGGAAACCGUUAGAAGAAAGAAGAUAAAAACCAAAGCUCUGAUGCAUCUGCUGUGACUUGUAGAUAUUAAGAUCCGCCAUAUAUACCCGAUUUAGUUCCUAUCGAUUAUUUUGUAUUUCCUUCGAAACGAAAUAUGUUGAAAUUCCGUCAAAUAUUUUUGAAUUCGUUUGAAGGAAAACACAAUAAUUUGUAGCUGAAUAUGUAAAAAUAAAAAAAAAAUGAUGAGUAAACAUUUUAUAGUACGUACACUAUUUUGAUUAUAAACAGCACCAAAAAAAAAAAAUGAAAAAAAGUACGCGGAUACUUUUUUUUGUGAAAAAUCAAUUUGGAUUGAAAAUAAUCGAUAUAAUGAUAUGCAUAAUCACUGAUAAUAAUUGUACACGUUAGCACGUUAAUAAUAAAUUACAUAAAACUUAAAUAAAACGUAAAAUAUUUAAACUUUAUAAUAUGCAUAUUUUGUUGUAAUUAUACAGGGUAUUUCUAUAUUCGACCGACAACGCUAUCAAUAAAUCAAUGAUUUUGAUAUAGAAAUUCGAACUUUUAAGGGGCCUAGUUGCUGAGAUAUAGGGUGUUCAAAAUUGUAAAUUAAAAUCAAAAAUUUCCCAUAAAUCAAUAUCAAAUUUGGUGAUUUUUUCUUAUUUCUUAGACUUUUUGACAUGUUUAUGUUUUUAAAUGUUUCGAAAUUGGUUUUUUAAAUAAUUUUUAAAAGACAGAUAAAAAUCGACGUUUCGACUAAUUUUAAGUCUUUAUCAAAGUAAUAUUUUCACAAAAACAAACUUUGGAGCUAAAAUUAACGGUAUUGAUGAAAAUCCGCACUUUUUUCGUGAAUGGGGACUGUGGAAAAUGUACGUUAAAUAUAAGACAACGAUGGGGCGUCUGUUCAUUCUGCUGCAGCGAUAAGAAAUAAAUUAAACUGACGUUUUAGAGAAAAAUGGAUUUGUCGACGGGAACCCAAUUGUUGGCCUCCAAGAUCACCUGACUUAAAUCCUAUCGAUUUUUCUUUAUAUGAAGUCUUUGGUGUACGAAGCAAUCAUCGAAUUUGAACAAAAUCUAAUAGCUAGAAUUCAAGCUUUUCGUUUGUUUAGAACUAUUUAGUUAAAUCACCAUUGAUUAUUGAUUUUUAAUAACUAAUUUUGACAGCUGAUGUUUAUAAACACAGUAAACUUUAACGAUUUUUUUUAUAUUACAACAAAAUAUGCAUUUUUUAAUCAAUUAGAAAAUGGUUCAUUUUUCGGUUCUAGAAAUUUGUUUUUUGAAAACGUAAAUAUUAAAUUUAAUAUAAAAGUUAUUCAUAAAAAUGCACGAAAUGAAAAAUAUUACGAAAAAAUAAAGUUUUAAACAACUUGAUUAUUUUUUAUGAUAUAUCGUUGAUUAUUCGUGAAAAAAAUUAGAAUUUCAAGAAUUUUUUCUGAUGAACUGUUCAACAAUUCCAAAUUUAAUCAGUAGCAUUUAGUAUUUUUCAAAUUAUUGUUUGCACUGAAAUAAAAUUACGAUAAUCGAUUUUCAAGUCGUAUCGAGGAAAAUUCUUUUAUUUGGUACAUAUUGAAAAGCCAUUAAAAUUUUGUAUUUCUUGGAUUUUCAUGAAUAAAUUAUUAAGAAACAAUAAUUAGCAGCAAUAUAAAUCUGCCAAAAUUUCCUGACACUUUUUAAAGCGAAAUUUAAAAGUAAAAAAGAAAAAGAUUCGAAAUGUUUGAAAUCAUUUGACAUUGUAAAGACGUUUCUAUUUAGUAGACGUGUAAAAAGUAUUUAUUUAAUAUUGAAAAAUUGUUUGUAAUAAUUAGGUAUUAUUUAAAAAUUAAAGAAAAAAAACUAUAUAGAUAUUUAUAAAAGAAAAUCUUCUUUAUGUUAGUUUUUAAGUUCUAGAUGUCGAUGUUGUAUAUAAUUGCAUUAAACCCAUUUAUA